AUGGCUGAGGUAGAUGAAACUCUCAAGAAGAAGCGUACCUUCAGGAAGUUUACCUUCCGAGGGGUUGACCUGGAUCAGCUUCUGGAUAUGCCAAAUGAACAACUCAUGGAGUUGAUGCAUGGGCGUGCUCGUCGACGAUUUGCCCGUGGUCUGAAACGUAAGCCGAUGGCUCUUGUAAAGAAACUUCGCCGUGCAAAGAAAGAAGCACCUCCAAAUGAAAAGCCAGAAAUCGUCAAGACACAUUUGCGGAACAUGAUUAUCGUACCUGAAAUGGUUGGAUCUAUUGUUGGAAUUUACAACGGAAAAACUUUCAAUCAGGUUGAAAUCAAGCCUGAGAUGAUUGGUCACUAUCUAGGUGAAUUCUCUGUCACAUACAAGCCUGUCAAGCACGGUAGACCCGGUAUUGGUGCUACUCACAGUUCCAGGUUCAUCCCACUUAAG